GUAAAUCUUAGUCAGCGGUGACCACACCUGUCUAAAUAAAAGAAGGAAUAGUAGGUACGUAAGCAUUACACUUCGAAGCACCGUACACUUGUACGUAGCGUAAUCAUGGCUGGAAAGAAGGCGCAUCCCAUCAAGCGGGACUGGUACUGGAACCACAACGACCGCUUCGAGAUCUGGCACAGCCUCGACUGGCCUUCGGUGCGACGCGGCCGUCAGAUCUACACGGAGGUCUUUGCACCUUGCCACUCCCUCGGUCGCAUGACCUUUACCCACUUCCAAGGCUUCAUGACCCGUGAGGAGAUCAAGAAGCUCGCCGCCCAGUACGAGGUGAUCGACAGCGAGCCGGAUUCGCAGGGCAACCUUAACCGCCGCCCUGGCAAGCCGACGGACACGCUGCCCACGCCCUACCCCAACCAGCGUGCGGCUCAGUUCGCCAACAACGGCGCGGAGCCGCCGGAUUUGCAGCACGCUGUCUUCGGCAAGGAGGGCGGCCCGGACUACAUCUUCUCCCUCGUGACAGGCUACGGCUGGGGAAACGGGGAGCUGAUGGAGAUCCCUCCGUUUGCGCCGGAGGUGAAGCCGGGUCAGUUCUGGAACCCGUACUUUAAGGGCUGCGUGCUCUCCAUGCCGCCCCCGCUCUCGGAUGGCCUGGUGGACUACGAGGAUGGCACCCCCGCCACCAUCAGUCAGAUGGCAAAGGACGUGGUGAACUUCCUGCGCUGGUCCGCCGAGUCAGAGUACGACGAUCGCCGCGUAGCAUUCUGGAAGGUGGCCACCACCGUCGGCCUGGUUAACUGCAUUCUGUUCCAUUACGGCCAGAAGAACACGAACUGGCGCAUCUACGGCCGCACGACCUUCCGCUACUGGAAGAAGGCAUGGUAA